AUGGACAAAAGGCUGUUGGAAGAUGAAACAUCGUCGACGGUAGGGGAAGAUGUAGCAUCUCGCGCCAUGAAGAGAGAAAAGAUGGUGGCCAACGGUGGAGGAAGAUUUGGAUCUCUAGAAGCAAGUUUUCUCGUGGCUCCGGUAAGGUGUGUUCACAGCAAUUGUGUUCACGACUAUGUUCGUGGCGGCUGUGUGCUCAACGUGAUGGGCAGUGAUGAUCUGUUCAGUGGUGGAAAGUUUAUGGAGUGGGACUCUCACGGAGAGUUGCUUGAAAGUUAUGAAACAAGUAAUGACAGAGACGAGGAGAUGGUGGAUCUGAGCUAUGUAAUCAACAUCACUGAGGAGGAAGUCAGGUCAAACAUUACUAAUAGUGUUGUGGAGAAGUUCAAAUCUUUGGAUGAUGCCAUAGUGCAAGUGAAUUGUCCUCAAAAGAUACAAAAAGUUCCAUCUAUCUUGCGUGACAACAACAAUUUUACCAAGCACUAUGUGCCAAGGAUGAUAGCAAUCGGUCCUUACCAUCAUAAUAAUCCAAAUUUGAAGAACACAGAAAAGCUAAAACUCAAAUUAGCUUCUCUAUUCAUCAAAAAGCAUACUUUGAAUAGAGAAGUAUUAUAUUCCAAAGUUAGGAGAGAGAUCAAAGAUCUGAGGGAGUGCUAUGAGGAGGAGGCAACCGCACUAUUCCCUGAUGAUGAUUACCUUGCAUGGAUGUUUUUUGUGGAUGGAUGUGCACUACUUCAUUAUAUAGAUUUUGCUGUGACUGAUAAGGAAGAUACCAUGAUUAAGGAGUUCAAAGAAAAAGGUAUUAAAAUUGACUACUUGGUAUAUGCGCAGCAAGAUCUGUUCUUAUUGGAGAACCAACUUCCUUAUCGAGUCCUCGUAUCAUUAAUAAGCUGCAUGGGAAACCAAAUGCCGAUGAAACUAUCAAUUGAGAAGUUCAUCUUUGGGAUUCGGUUGAGGCCUAGUGGCACGGGUUGUUUGAGAGACAUUACUUUUAAUCUUGGAACUUUGAGGCUUCCUUCUAUUCAAGUGGACGACUCAACUGCAUCCAAGUUCUUGAACUUGAUCGCUUACGAAAUGUGUCCAGAUUUUCUAAAUGACUUUGGGGUCUCCUCUUAUGUAGCAUUUCUCGAUAUACUCAUUGAUCAAGCCCAAGAUGUUAAAGAGUUGCGAGAUAAGCAAAUACUCCAUAAUUUUCUGGGUAGUGACGAAGAAGUGGCUAAACUCUUUAAUGAGAUAGGCACAGACUUAGUGUCAAAUCCUAAUAUAUAUCGAGAUGUCAAAAGUAAAAUCCAAAGACGCUAUGACAACAAAUUAAUGACUUCGAUGGCUCAAUUUAUUCACGAAUAUUUCCGAAGCCCCUGGAGUGCGAUUGCUUUCCUUGCUGCGAUAAUAGCACUUGCUUCGACUGUUGCACAGACAGUUUACACAAUUUGGUUCCUAUGUGUUCGGAAGGGUUCCAAAGACCCUUAUAGGGUGGGCAUAGCAGCCUACAAUGAAGACAGGUCCUGGGAAGGUAGGUGGCUCCCAAAGGAAACUGGUUUUUCUGUUGCUGUAGCUGUGGUCCUUUUUGUUUAG